UUUGCAAUUUGCAUUACACUUUAUAGGCAAAGUAUCACUGCGAAGAAUUGCUUAGAACCGCCUUUAAAUGUUUAAAACGUCACUGCUGAGCCGCAACGUGCAAUUGAGAUGCCAAUGAGGAUAUGUAAUCCUUGUCGCAGUAGAACAAAGAAAUGCUGGGUGAUCUUUGUACUUGUAUGGUUCCAAAUUUUGUUUGUGCUAUACAUCUGGGAGAAUGUGUAUGUUCUUUCGCAAAAUGAACGAACCACUGGAAUAAUACCUCUGGACGCAAACAAUACAUACAAUAAGUACAAUACUACCAGUGGAAACAAGCCUGCUUCAAGAAAGCCACCUGCUGAUGAAAUCGGUCAACCCCAUGUAGAUUUUAAAUUCGUCUACCCGGAAAUUAAACCAACCUAUUCAGAGCGCCAGCGGGCGGAUGGAUUUUUAUCUCGUCAUUCUUGUCAACUCUGGGGCAAAAGGCGACGAAUACAGACAUCGCCGAGCGAAAAUUCGCGAAACCUGGGCAAACAGAAAGACAUGCGAGUAUUCAAACGUCAUGAAUAACCCCAAUUUGAAAGACAAGGUGUGGAUUUUGGUGUUUGUGCUUGGAAAGGCGGGAGGAGAGGAUGACAAAAAGAACAUUGAAGAAGCCAAAGCACACAAUGACAUAUUGAUUGGUGACAUUAAUGAUAAUUAUUGGAACAACAUGGUGAAAUUGUACAUGGGCCAGCUGUGGGCUUCAUUGCUGGGCACGAGGUACACUCUUAAAACGGACGAUGAUGUUUACGUGCGCAUACCAAACGUUAUAAACUAUCUCGUUUCCCAGGGAUCACCCCCUCGAUUUUAUGGCGGGGGAACAUACCAUAAAGCACAUGUUAUUCGUUAUGGAAAAUGGAAGGUAAGCGAAGAAGAUUUCCCUGAAAAAAUAUGGCCGCCUUUCAAUGCUGGUGCGUUUAUUCUCUUCUCUGCAGAUUUGUUGGACAUUUUAAUGAGUUAUAUCUACAUUCGCAAGCCUCUUCACACUGAUGACGCGUACAUUGGAGUUGCCAUGAGAGACUUUAAAGUCAAAGUUGUUCAUAUUUUGUCAUUUGUUAUUGAGACUAACAUGGCCACAUUGAUUCGUACAAAAGAUAAUUGCUAUAUGUUGAACGUACUUGCAUAUGGCCACAGCGUGGAUAUUGAGGCAAUGGAGCAUUGUCAUAAGAGACUUGAGGAACUGUGUCACUCCAAUACCACACUCAAAACAUUGAAAUGUUGAUGUUGAGUUUAAUUAAAAACCAUGUAAUAUAUAUAAGUCUUCAAGCAAAGGCCCUUAGGUUAGAAUGUUGUUCUUUCUGCAUAUUAGUAUAUUAGUUAAUAGCUAGUUAUAUUUUGUAUAAUUGUUAUACCAUGUAUGUGAUAUACAUGCAAUGGGCUUUUCCAAGUAAUAUUCAAUUAGAACCAGACAAAAUAUUGUCUUUUAAUUAAAGAGGGUUACACGGCAGCUUCUGUGCUUCCGCUCAUAACAUUGGGGAACUCCGUGAUUUAGAAAUUGCCCAAAUUUCACAUGUUUUGGAAUUUUUCAUUAUUCAUCGUACUUAUUUUGAAGUUUUUCAGCCGUGUAUAAUUUGAUUUCUUGUUGAGUUUUGCUUCUUAAACAUGACGCCCCAAGCCUUCAUAUUAUGUCACAGGCCAGAUUGGUUAUAUCGUUAUUCUACGGAUUUUGUGAUUAGCGGUUAGGAAAGGGUGACGGUUAGGGACUGGAUUCAAAUAGAAAAUAUUUCGUGUACGUAACGUAACCAUAGCGCGUAACAUGGCGAAGAGGACUGGGGGCUAUGGACAGGGAUUAUCGGGAUUUUUUAGGAGGUCUUGGGAUAUUUUGAGGGCUUACUUGGGGUUUUUACAGAAUUACAAUUAGCAACACUGAUUCCUGGAUGUGAAAGUUGAUAAGAAUUACUUAACCUAUAAGAAUUACUGAAAUCCUGUAAGAUUUGGGUAGAACUUCAAUAAACAUUUCAAAAAAUAUAUAUUUAUAACAGCAAUACAUAUAGACUAUAGUGUAUGAAUUUACGUCAAUUGAUAGAACAUAUAAUAAAUAUAGCUUCAGAAGUAGUUACAUACAGUAAUUACUUCUCUAUUACAUUGAACAUAGUGAAUGAUGUCAUUGUGUUUCAAUACAACUUAUCAACUCAUCAAAAACAUAGUCAACUUUCUGUGUUUGAAUUGGCCAAUGGCCUUGCAUUUCGACGACUGACUAACUAUUUGGGAAAAAGUAUACCAAAACAAGCAUUUUUAAGCAAAUACAUUGAUCAACUUCAUUGUAAUGUGUUGUAGAGUAAUAAAUAUGAACUUUAAAACAUAUAAUAACAUGUUAUAG